AUGGCGAAAGCAUCCAGAUUGAGAGUUAAACAAGCAAAAGACUUCAACUCUAGGAUCUUGUCUUACGUCAAGGAUAAUAGUUUAGAGAAACGUAGCCUAACAGUAAACGAAUGUUUAGAGCUUUUUGAAUUGCAAACCACAUCGCUUUUGGACAGGAACAUGUUUACCUUUGCCUCUCACAUAUUCUCGUUAAUUAAGGCUAAGUAUAAAGAUAAAAAUUCUUCUGUGCUAGAGAACAGCGACCUUGAUGUUGCAUUAAGGAUUUUACUUAAACUAAGUAAAUGUGAUAUUUACUACCCAGAGCUCAUGAAUUUCGUAUCUAAGGAUAUAUCUCAGCUCACUAUUCCACAGUUACUGGACUUUAUUUUUCUAUCUAAUCAGGGUAAACUCAGAUCAAAACAUCAUUUAGAUAAAGCCUAUACACACUGCCUUCAUCGUAUAAAUGAGCUUGAAUUUGACGAGUUUUUGAAGGUUUUAUACUAUUUCAGCUAUUACGCACAAGAAUACAAAAAUAUAUUUUUGUCACACAUAGACAAAAUGCAGAAUAAUUUGUCUAGAUUAUCGGAAGAAGAUAUGGUAAUGCUUUUGAAUGUCUCCAAACUCUUAUAUCAACAUGAUGGUUCCACUACACUUCGUGAUCUUGUAGUAAGUCAUAUUAAUCAUAACAUAGAUUCUUAUGAUGGGAAUUUCCUCAUGAGAGCGGUAUCAGAAAUCUCUAGAGGUGCCAGAACAAAGACUUCUGCUAGACUCCUCCAAUAUGUAACAACUAGAGAUUAUAUUACUGAGGAAUUUCAAACCUGUCAAAUCGCUACAUUGAUAAAUUUCAUGACGUCGAUAGUUUAUUGGAGAAGAGGAAUACAACUACUUACUAACAUACUAAACACUUUGGCCCUUCGCAUCGCAGAAAUUGCAAAGAACAAGAACAUUGGAAUUUGGUCAGAUAUCUAUAAUAACAUUUACAUCACUGGGUGGUUUUCCCUUGAAUUUAUGAGGGCUGGAAUGAGCAAUAUAGUGAUGGAAGAGGUUUUGCUGCAUCAGGGUUCUCCAUAUAGUGUUUUAAAGGUCCUUCAGGCGUUCCAUAAAGUGCGUUUUUUUCACUAUGAAUCCUACCUGAAGUUAUUGCAUUAUCUCGAUUUCAAUUCAGAGAGUUUACAAUCUAAGCCAAAUUUUAUAUUGUAUAUUGUUUUUGCCGCAGCCGAUGCAAAUAUUUUUGUGGAGUCAUUAUAUAGAAAGUCUUUUGAUCUUCUAGAAACCACUCUUGGUGAUUUGGAAUUAGAUGCACCAGAUUCAAUUUUAAAGAUGCAAGAAAAGUUAGUUUACAUAGAUAUGAAACACCACCUUAGAUAUAUUUGGCCUCGCGAUCUUAUAAUAUUUUCUUGGUCAUUUGCUGUGAUGGAACUACACAAAACGAGAGACCUGUCUAAACUUUUGAGAAUUCUAUUAUUACCACAGAUAUAUUCUAUGGAUAUGAUGUUAUCUGAUGUUUUGAUGACACUGGAAGUAGCUGAGGCCCUUUCAGUUGACAAUGUAGAGCCAGAACUCUGUAAAAGGAUCUUUGAAACAUAUGGUGAAAAGAUGAGGGAGCUAGAACAUAUGAGUGAGGAUUCCAACAUUGCUGCAAACACUAGACCAGCUCUUGGGGACAAAUUUGGAACAAAAUACCUUGAUUCAGAUUCCCAAAUCAAUUUUCAAAAGGCUCGUUAUCGUAUUGCAAGAAAUGUUAAAGAAACCAUGCAUUUUUUGGGGAGGGAUGAUUUAGUCACAGGGAUUCUUGCUCAUAAGAAUUCCCCGUACGUAAUCGACAUAUGUUUAGUCAAAGAAUCGAAAAAGGGGAUACUUCUUUUAGGUGGGAGAGAACUAAUGCGCAACCACUACGAUGGGAGGUGGACUGUAACAGACACCGGUUCUUCUAGGCUCAAAAGGAGAGUAUUCCAGAACUCCGGGUGGAGGACCGUUGAUUUGAAUUGCACAGAAUGGGCAAAGUGUAAAACGUCCAAAGAGAAAAGGAGCUAUGCCAAGAAGAUUAUAGACGAACUUUAUUCUAUCAAAUGA